UCAACCGAAAAUGAAGUGGUUGUACUCAGUUCAGAAAGCAACCCAACGUUUCCUCGUUUCUCAACGACAUCAUCGUAAUCGAUUUUUCCAUGCUUCGUUGAAACCAGAUCCAUUGCCCUCUUCGUCCUUAUAUUCUGGUCGCUAUUAUAGCAUCUCCACAAUCCUAAAUGCUACUGAAUCCUCAUGCUGCAGGUUACCGAACCAUGUUAAGAAGGUAGAUCUUGAAAUAAUAUCAAGAGAAUCCAUCAAACCAUCUUCUCCCACUCCCCAUCAUCUAAGAACCUUUAACCUCUCUAUAAUAGACCAGUUUUUGUUCGACGUCUACACCCCUUUGAUCCUAUUUCUUCCUAAUACCGACAAGGCUAGUGUUACGGAUGUUGUAACAAAAAGAUCAAAACAUCUAAAAGAGACUUUAUCUGGGAUUUUAACAAGAUUCUAUCCUUUUGCUGGAAAAGUUAAGGAUAGCUUGCAAAUUGAGUGUAACGAUGAAGGAAUCUAUUACACAGAAGCGCGGGUAAACCAGACACUCCAAGAUUUUCUUGGUCAUCCGGAUGACCAAAGAGUGAGAGGGUUGCUCCCCGACAAACCUUGCACCGAAGAAUCUUCAAUAGGAAAUUACAUUAUAGGUAUUCAGGUGAACAUUUUCAAAUGUGGUGGGAUUGCGAUUUCCACGACUCUUUCACACAAAUUCAUUGACGGACACACAUAUUAUAUGUUUAUGCGAGCAUGGGCAGCAGCUGCUAGAGGUUCACCAGAGACUGUUUCACCAAGUUUUAUUGCUUCUAAGAUCUUUCCUAACAAUCCUUGUUUAGAAUACACACUUCCUACCAAAUUACUGUCUACCAAAAUGCCUAGUACAAAAAGAUUUGUGUUCGAUCCUGAGGCUUUGGCUUUGCUCAAGGCACAACCGGCUGCACAUCCACCAACUCGCAUGGAAGCCACAGUUUCUGUAAUUUGGAAGGCUGCAGCCCAAGCAGCAACAAAAGUAAGACCAUUUGGUCGACAAUCACCUCAUGCUUUAGUUUCAUUGGUGAAUCUCCGGAAUAGGGCAUCACCUCCUUUGCCCAAAGAAUCCGUUGGAAACCUUAUUGAUGCAGCUGCUGCAAUCUGCUUUCCUAGUGGCCACCUGGAUUUGCCGACCCUGAUGGGUGAGCUACGGGAAUCAAUAGCGAAAAUAAACCCGAGUUACAUCGAGAACAUGAAAGGGGAGAAGGGGCAUGAGAAAUUUAAUGAGUUACUGAGGAGAGUAAACCAACUGGCGGACGUGACAAGCGAAGGGGACUGCUUGUUUGUUACAAGCCAGUUGAAUAGUGGUGUGUAUGAGUUGGAUUUUGGAUGGGGAAAGCCGAUAUGGUAUUAUCUUAUGAAUUCUAGAGUCGCUAGUCGUGUGGCGGUGAGUGAAACGCGCAAGGCUGGUGGGGUUGAAGCCAUAGUCUCAUUGAGUCCAGAUGAAAUGGAGAUAUUCGAGCGCGAUUCCGAGCUUUUGUCUUAUGCCAGUGUCAACCCUAGUCCUCUUCGAUUUGGUGAUUGAAUGACAUGGUUUGCAUCUUUCUUUUUUAGUCAUUACGAUGUAAUAAUGUGGUUGUAUGAUUAAAGUACCAAGUAAUUUUAACUUUUGAAAGUUGAACUAUGAAGUUUAGAAAAGAAAAUGUACUUUUUUGGAUUUCUGGUUUUUUGUUAUAGUUGCAUAUUCAUGGGAAGAAUCA